AUGGGAUACCUUGACUGCACCAUUGUCUGUCCCACUCCAACCAUCACCCCUACGGACUCCACUAUUGCAGCACCAAACCCUGCAUAUGAUGAAUGGAUUCGAAAAGACCAACGUGUUAUUAGUUGGAUGAUAUCUUUUCUUUCACCCGAUGUCUUACCCUAUGUGGUUGGAUCGAUAUCUGCUGCCGAUGUUUCGAAGGCUCUACAAACCGCCUUCGGAUCUCUAUCGUAUACAAGCAUUCUUCAACUUCAUAUGCAACUCCAGAAUACAUCUAAAGGUGACAAGUUUGUCUUAACUUAUCUCCGUGAGGUAAAAUAUAUUUCAGAUCAAUUAGCUGCUGCCAAUCGCCCUCUUGAGAAUGAAGAAUUAAAUGCCAUUGUCUUCCGUAAUCUUGGUUCUGAUUUUUCUGACAUUGUUACUGUCUUGGCUACAAAACCUGAUCCGAUAACAUUUCCUGAACUCCAUCGAUUGCUCCUCAAUCGUGAGCUUCGAAUGAAGUCUGCCACAGUGCCUAUAGAGGCAAAUGUUACUGCUUACACUCCUCUAUGA